AUGGAUGACGAUGACUUUGAUUUGACCAUGGAAGAAAUGGAUGCUCUCGAAAAAGAAGCUCUAGAGAGAAUCAACCAGGAGCGAAAUCACUCUUCUUCCUUGCGAUGUCUUAAUAAGGUCCCUAAUUCGUUUCAAGGGACCAGGGUCUUACCUUCAUCUCUCGCCCCUAAACCAAACACUGCCUCUGCGCCAAAAGGUGAGGACUUUAAGGAACCUGAGCUAAAGGUCCAUGUGAAGAUUUUGCUGCAUCAUAGUGGAGAUCUUGCUGCAAAGUUCCCCUAUAACCAGGUGGUGGUGGAUGCUGUGCGUAAAAUCCCUAAGGCUGUUUGGAAUGCUAAAGAAAGGUUAUGGAUCUUUCCUCAAUCUUCAUUGUCAUCAGCAGAAAAAAUUCUACGAGAAGUUUCCAGCGUUAAAGUUGAGGUAGAGAACUUAGAUCCUCUUGUCCAACGUGCAAUAGCUUCUGCCUCCAGAGUUCCAGAUCUAAGGCAUCUGUAUGACAAGAUACCAAGACACAUUGAGCCAAAGCUUCUUCCGUUUCAGCGGGAUGGCAUAGAGUUUAUAUUGCAGCACGGAGGGCGUGUACUCCUAGCAGAUGAAAUGGGUCUUGGAAAGACUCUGCAGGCUAUUGCCGUGACUACAUGCGUUGAAGAAUCUUGGCCAGUUUUGAUUAUUGCACCAUCUUCCUUACGUUUACAUUGGGCAGCAAUGAUUCACCAGUGGCUGCAUGUACCUCCGUCAGACAUAGUUGUAGUUUUACCGCAACCAGGUGGAUCAAACAAGUGCGGAUUUACUAUAGUUUCUUCAAAUACAAAGGGCACAAUCCAUCUUGAUGGUGUCUUCAACAUUAUCUCUUAUGAUGUGGUCACCAAACUUGACAAACUCUUGAUGGCGUUGGAUUUUAAGGUUGUCAUAGCAGACGAAUCGCAUUUUCUUAAAAACGCUCAAGCAAAGAGGACAACUGCUUCCCUUCCGGUCAUAAAGAAAGCUCAAUAUGCAAUUCUACUGAGUGGAACUCCUGCUUUAUCUAGACCAAUAGAGCUAUUCAAACAGCUGGAAGCUCUAUACCCAGAUGUAUAUAAAAAUGUUCAUGAAUAUGGUAGCAGAUACUGCAAAGGCGGGUUUUUCGGAACAUAUCAAGGGGCAAGCAAUCAUGAAGAGUUGCACAAUUUGAUGAAGGCAACAGUAAUGAUUCGAAGACUUAAAAAGGAUGUCUUGUCUGAACUUCCGCCGAAACGAAGGCAGCAGGUGUUCUUAGAUUUAGCGGAGAAGGAUAUGAAGCAAAUCAAUGCUUUGUUUCGUGAGUUAAAGGUUGUAAAGGAAAAAAUUAAGGAUUGCAUGUCGGAAGAUGACAUCAAAUCUCUGAAAUUUACAGAGAAGCAGCUUAUCAAUAAGAUCUACACUGAUUCCGCUGAAGCGAAAAUCCCAGCAGUGAUUGAUUAUCUGGGAACUGUGCUUGAGGCUGGCUGCAAAUUUUUAGUAUUUGCACAUCAUCAGUCCAUGCUUCAAGCAUUACACCAGUUUCUAAAAAAAAAGAAAGUGGGUUGCAUCAGGAUUGAUGGAAACACCCCUGCCUCCUCUAGACAAGCCUUGGUUUCAGAUUUUCAGGGAAACGAUGAGAUAAAAGCAGCAGUGCUGUCAAUACGAGCUGCUGGUGUUGGGAUAACUUUGACAGCAGCAAGCACUGUUAUCUUUGCGGAGUUGGCAUGGACUCCAGGUGACCUGAUACAGGCAGAAGAUCGUGCACAUAGGAUUGGUCAAGUCUCUUCAGUUAACAUACACUACCUUCUAGCAAAUGACACUGUUGACGACAUCAUCUGGGAUGUCGUUCAGAGCAAGCUGGAGAAUCUGGGACAGAUGCUUGAUGGACAAGAGAAUGCUCUGGAGGUUUCAUCUAGUCACGUGAUGAACAGUCCAAUAAAACCAAGAAACAGCCCCUCGAAGCAGCAAACUCUAGACCCGUUCUUGAAGCGCUGCAAGAGAUUCUUAUAUGAUGACACUGAAGAACAUCCGAUGCCUAAAGUUCCCAGAAACUGA